AUGUCCCAUUCGGUUGCGGCAGUCGUCACUGAUAUUCCCAGUAUAUACACAUCUUGGGGAGAGCUCUCGGUCUAUGCCGACAACGCCGAGGAUGCCUUUGGGGUGCAAUAUGUUGGCCUCCCAGAUGGAUGCCAAGUGGAGUCUGUGAGCACUCUUCAGCGCCACGCGGAGCGAUUUCCAGACAGCGUGGACGGAGCAGUGACCGGCGGAUUUGCGCAAAAGGUGGCAAACUACAGCAAAGCCAACGGCGGCAAGGAGGCAUUCACGGGGCCGUUGACGUUUCUGAAUUCCCAUGUUUAUAUCCUAAACGACACGGGACUUCUCACUGGCCGCGGCGCCAGCACCGAAUUCAGCGCGGGUGCAUCGUUUUGGAACCGAUACGGGCGGACUCUGUACAAUGCCUCGGUCGCCCAGUUGCAAUACAGCCCGACCUUUGCGAGCAAUGGGAGCGCGCGCCCCAAAGUCACUCUGCGAACAACUGGGCAGUCGAGAAUCGAGAAUAGCCUGGUCAACUGGUCCCUCGGGUUCUUUGGCCCGUCCUUCAACUCGACCCCGGAUCCAGCCCUGACGGAAUGGGAGAGCCCGUUUCGAGUCGUCGUUAUUCCUGAAGGCGGCACCGAAAACAACACUCUUGCUUCCUACGACAGCUGCUUCAACGACAACAGCGACGCAAAUGCCAACAUUGCGUCUCGGCUCCAAGACGCGUACAAGAGGGUGUACUUGCGCUCCGCGCUCCGUCGGCUCCAGGCGUACGCGCCACGAGGCUUCACGUUUGACUACCAGGACCUGUAUGCCAUGCAAAUGACGUGUGCUUACGAGUAUUCCUUCAUUGGAAUGUCCGACUUUUGCAGCUUGUUCACGAUGGAAGACUGGCAUGGCUUCGAAAACGUCCUCGAUCUACAGUAUUAUUACCUCUACAGCUACGGCAAUCCCACCGGCCGCGCCCAGGGCAUCGGCUACCUGCAGGAACUGAUGGCUCGCAUUCGUCACCAGUUCAUCGCGUCUUCCAACUCAUCCGUCAACGCCACGCUCGACGACAACCCAACCACCUUUCCCCUGGGACAGCAAAUCUACGCCGAUUUCUCCCACGACGACAUCAUCAUCUCGGUCCUGACCGCCAUGUCGCUAGACUACCUCAAGGAUGCGCCGACAACGUCCAAGUUCCCCCCGAGCGCCGACAACCACUUCACCCUGUCGCGGCUCACCCCGUUUGGGGCCAACCUCAUCACCGAGGUCGUUGGCUGCGGCGCGUCUGAUCCGGAGCCCGUGGAGAGCCGCCGCGUUGCCUAUGCGCCGGGGCAGUACGGCUACGAAGCAUCCAACUCGAGCUACAAAUUCGUGCGGAUGCGCCUGAACAAUGGCAUCCUGCCGCUCAACACGAUUCGCGGCGGGCAGUGCGGCAACGCAACGUCUGGCCGGCUCGACGGCCUGUGUGCGCUGGGUAGCUUUCUCGAGAGCCAAGAGAGCGCAUUCGAGCUGAGCAACUAUGCCUUUGCCUGCUUUGGCAACUACACCCUCGCAAACUCCACCACGGGCAUCGACUAUGAUGGUACGAUUGUCCAAGGGAGGGAUUACACUCGGGUUUGA